AUGCCACAGUCUAACCUGCACCAAGCGCCGCAUCGUUGGAUCCAGGGAUUAUCUACGGGUGUCUGGAUCUGUACUGCACUGACCGCCGCAUCGUUGUUGGACCUAUUGCUUAUCUACGGGUGUCUGGAUCUGUACUGCGACACCCGCCACCAGACCACGAUUUUUCACUACUUGUUCACUAUGUCUUUGGUCAACAAUCCCGAUAUUGUAUCGGCUGAGCUCAUGGUGCCGAAGCCCUUGUGGGCUAGGCCGUACGUGUGGCCGUUUGCAAUCGUAUAUCCGAUCUGUAUUCAGAUCUACACCCAACAGUACGAUAAGUAUAUUGGCGGUUCGGAGUGGACUUUUGUGUAUUCGAUUCUUAUCGUGUCGUUAAACUUUUUAUUUUGGUUGAUGCCUCACUGGAAUCUCGACAUCAAUUCGCGGUUCAACUAUGUGAAGGUGAACUCGAUUCCUGAAGCAUCUCACAUCAAGAUCACCCCUGCUCCCAACACUGGUGCCGGCGAGAUUUGUCCUAUAUCGAGGGAAACUUUUCCCGAUGGAGAGAUCCAGGUCAGUUUUCUGUUCCAAAAACGUCGUCAUUUGUUCCACAAGGAUACUGGAAAGUUUUCUCCACCGGAGUUCUUGGUUGAUGCAUCCCCCACGUUGUCCGAAUUUCAAACCUCCAGAGGUCUUAAAGGCGACCUUGAAAAGUUGAGGCGUCAGUAUGGCUCUAAUCGGUUCGACAUUCCCGUUCCUACCUUUUUGGAGUUGUUCAAAGAGCACGCUGUGGCUCCGUUUUUCGUGUUUCAAAUCUUUUGUGUUGCCCUUUGGUGUAUGGACGAUCAAUGGUAUUUCUCCUUGUUCUCUCUCUUCAUGUUGGUGUCUUUUGAAAUGACUACAGUGUUUCAACGUCGUACCACAAUGACAGAGUUUCAGACCAUGGGAAUCAAGCCAUACUUACUUUACGUUUUCCGUGACGGUAAAUGGACCCAGCUUGAAACUACCGAGCUACUUCCUGGAGAUAUUGUUUCCGUAACACGUACCGCCGAAGAUAGCGCUCUUCCCUGUGAUCUUUUGCUUUUGGAUGGAAGUGCCAUUGUCAACGAAGCCAUGCUUUCCGGUGAACUGACACCGUUGUUGAAAGAGUCUGUCAGCUUGAGACCAGGUUCUGAAAGAUUUGACCCCGAGGGAUUGGAUAAGAACUCAUUGCUUCAUGGAGGAACCCUGGUUUUGCAAGUGACUGCUCCAUCAGCUUCUAGCAUUAGCUUGGCCCCAGAUAACGGUGCUCUUGCAUACGUUAUCAAGACUGGAUUUGAAACCUCGCAAGGUUCGCUCGUCAGAAUGAUGGUCUUUACAAGUGAAAGAGUUUCUGUUGGAAACAAAGAAUCCUUCCUUUUCAUUCUCUUUUUGCUUCAGUUCGCUAUUGCCGCUUCUUGGUACGUCUGGGUUGAAGGUACGAAGAUGGGACGUAUUCAGUCCAAGCUUAUCCUUGAUUGUAUUAUUGUGAUUACCUCUGUUGUCCCACCAGAACUUCCAAUGGAAUUGUCCAUGGCUGUCAAUGCUUCGCUUGCUGUUUUAUCGAAGCAUUAUAUCUUCUGCACUGAGCCUUUCAGAAUUCCCCUCGCUGGUCGCCUUGAUGUUUGUUGUUUCGACAAGACCGGUACUCUCACCGCUGAAGAUCUCGUUUUUGAAGGUUUGGCAGGAUUCAAGUCUGACGAUAUUCACCAUUUGUACACCUGCAAGGAAGCACCAGAAACCACCUCUUUAGUCUUAGGAUCAGCUCAUGCGUUGGUGCGUUUAAAUGAUGGUGAAGUCGUUGGUGACCCAAUGGAACAAGCUACAUUGAAAGCUGCCCACUGGGAAGUUGGCUCGGAUGAUACUGUUCUGCGUGAAAACGAAAAGGGAAAAGUUGACAAGAUCAAAAUUCUCCGUCGUUUCCAAUUUUCGUCUGCUUUGAAAAGAUCAGCAGCUAUAUCCUCGAUUUCUGGCCAAAAGCAAAACUUUGUUGCUGUCAAAGGCGCCCCUGAAACACUCCGUAAGAUGAUCAUUGAUGCUCCCGACUCGUACGAAGAGAUUUACAAGUCUUUCACCAGAUCUGGUUCUCGUGUUCUAGCUCUUGGAUACAAACACUUGGAAUCAAAUGUCAAUGUUCUCAAAGUCAACCGUGAAGACAUCGAAUCUAGAUUACACUUUGCUGGGUUUAUUGUUUUCCACUGUCCAUUGAAGGAUGAUGCCGUAGAGACUAUCAAAAUGUUGAACGAGUCGUCGCACAGAUGUGUGAUGAUUACUGGUGAUAAUCCAUUAACUGCUUGCCAUGUUGCCAAAGAAGUCAAGAUCACUACCAAGGAUGUUUUGAUUUUAGAUGCCCCUGAGGAACAUCACACUGUGUCAGAAGGGGAGAACUUGGUUUGGCGUAAUGUUGAUGAGCUGCUUGUGAUGCCUUUUAGAAGUGCCGAUCGUAUCAACACUCGUCUUUUCGAAACACACGAUAUUUGUAUUACUGGUUACGCACUUAAUUUCUUGAGUGAGCACGUACAAAUUUUAGACUUGUUGAAGCAUACAUGGGUUUAUGCUCGUGUUUCUCCUGCUCAGAAGGAGUUCAUUUUGACUUCCUUGAAAAACGCUGGAUAUGCGACACUCAUGUGUGGUGAUGGUACCAACGAUGUCGGUGCAUUGAAACAAGCUCAUAUUGGUGUGGCCUUGUUGAAUGGUACUGAAGAGGGAAUGAAAAAGAUUGCUGAGAACAGAAAGAUGGAAGCCACCAAGAAAGUUUACGAUAAACAGGUACAGCUUCUUGCCAACUGGAACAAACCUCCUCCUCCCGUCCCACCUAUUAUUGCUCAUUUGUACCCUCCUGGACCAUACAAUCCUAAAUACCUUGAAGCGAUGGAGAAGAAAGGAGUUGAAAUCACUCCAGAAUUGAGAAAGACGGUUUCGCUUGCUAACAAAACAGGUGUGUCGCCAAUCAAGGUCGACAAGCAAACUGGAGCUGCCUCGCUUGCUGAUUCUGUUCUUAAUGCGUUGAAUGAAGCCGAAGGAGAGGACGAGGCACCAACUCUUAAACUUGGUGAUGCUUCUGUUGCUGCACCAUUUACUUCUAAAUUGUCUGCUGUGUCUACUGUUACCCACCUUAUUCGUCAAGGACGUUGUGCUUUGGUCACCACCAUUCAAAUGUACAAGAUUUUGGCACUCAACUGUUUGAUUUCGGCCUACUCUUUAUCGGUACUUUAUCUUGCAGGUAUCAAGUUUGGAGACGCCCAAAGUACCAUUAGUGGUGUGUUGUUGUCGGUAUGCUUUUUGUCGAUAUCGAAGGGUAAACCUCUUGAAAAGCUUUCCAAAGAAAGACCCCAAGCGGGAAUCUUCAACAAGUACAUUAUGGGAUCGAUUCUUGGCCAGUUUGCUGUCCAUAUAAUUACCUUGAUCUACAUUACUAGAGAGAUUUACAUUUUGGAACCUCGUGAGCCCCAGGUUGAUCUCGAGAAGGAAUUUUCUCCAUCAUUAUUAAACACGGGUAUGUUCCUUUUGCAAUUGGCACAACAAGUUUCUACGUUUGCUGUCAACUACCAGGGUCCUCCUUUCAAGGAGAGCAUCAAGGAUAAUAGAGGAAUGUGGUAUGGGUUGUUGGGAGUUGCUGGAUUGGCACUCGCCGGGUCUACUGAGUUCUUCCCCGAAUUAAAUGAGCAAAUGAAGUUUGUCAAGAUGGACACAUUGUUUAAAACGAAAUUGACCGGUUCCAUUUUAGUGGAUUUGGGUGCCACUUGGUUGAUUGAGGUCGGAUUGAAGAUGGCGUUCAUGAACUCCGAACCUGCCGACAUUGCCAGAAGAGAUUGA